ACCACAUUGACGUGAAAACAUGGCGGAUGUGGAAGCAGCGAAGUCUCUGAGCGGACUGUUGAGUGGAAUAGCGCAGAAAGUGUAUUACGACAACAGCGAAAUCACAGAGGAGCUGCUGAAGGAUGAGUUAUACCCCGAGCUGUCGCACGAGCAGUUCCAGGCUUUGCACGAGAAAAUGAAAGGCCUCCUAAAGUCCAUCGCCACCGCAGACAUGGACCACGCCCAGCUGGAGGCCUUCCUCACGGCCCAGACCAAGAGGCAGGGCGGCGGGGGGGUGACUGCCGAGCAGGCCGCCGCCCUCUCUCGCUUCUGGAAGAGCCAGCGAGUCCGGGUGAGGGAGAGCCUGCUGGCCCAGAGCCGCUGGGAGCCGGGUCUCAGGGGUCUCUCCUGGAGGGUGGACCUCCAGACCGCAGCCAGCCGGGGGGACGCGGCCCACGGCGGCCCGGUGGCCCUGAUGGAGCUGGAGCUGGGCCGAGCCGGACAGGACUCGGAGUUUGUGUGUCUGGAGUUCGACGAAGCCAAGGCGAACCAGGUGCUGAAGAAGAUGUCGGAUAUCCAGGAGAGCAUUGACAGAAUCGUUCACCGCACUUAGAAACCAGGUUGCGUGCAAGCUUCUUCCCUCAGGCAGCAGAGAAACCGUGUGAUCCCUGACGGAGAGACCACGUCUGACCAACUCCACCUGCCUCCUUCCUCAAGCGCCUUAGUUCUCUUUGCAGACCUGUGUUUGCCGGAAGGAUCCACCGUGGCUUUCGUAACCUGCACACAGACUCAGAAAGGACAAACUGUGUGAGAUAUGUGAUCAUCACACGCAUGCAUUUAGACAUAUGAUUGACACGUGAUUCUGGAGGGUCUCACUUGUUCAUGGACCAAAAGUUCUGUUUACUGUUUUUAGCCUAUCAUAACUGAAAGUAAAACAUAACUGUUUUACUGUUACCUGUACUU